UUAUCUUACUGACCUUGAUCAUAUUGCUAUGCCCUCAUUUAUGCCAACUCAGCAAGAUAUUCUUAGAGUCCAAGUGCCAACCACAGGAAUUAUUGAGUAUCCUUUUGAUUUAGAAAAUACUGUAUUUAGGAUGGUGGAUGUAGGUGGCCAAAGAUCAGAAAGAAGGAAUUGGAUCCAUUCUUUUGAAAGUGUUCCUUCCUUCAUUUUCUUAGUUGGAUUAAGUGAAUAUGAUCAAGUCUUGGCAGAAUGUGACAAUGAGGAAAGGUAUAAUCGAAUGGAAGAAAGCAAGGCCUUAUUUAAAACUAUCAUUACAUACCGCUGGUUUCUGAAUACUUCACUCAUUUUGUUUUUAAAUAAAGAAGAUCUUCUAGAAGAGAAAAUAAUGUAUCCCCAUCUCAUUAGUUUUCCAGAAUACACAGGACCUAAACAAGACAUCAGAGCUGCCAGACACUUCAUUUUGAAGCUGUAUCAGGGUCAAUAUCCAGACAAGGAGGAAGUAAUCUACUCCCACUUCAUUUGUGCCACAGAAAAUACUAGUUUUGUCUUUGCUGCUGUUAAGGACACAAUCCUGCAAUUAAACCUGAGGGAGUUCAACCUGGGAUUAGAGAGUGGUAAAGCCUCUCCUCGAGAAGAUUUCCAGCCUUCUUCCCAUCUCCACUCCCUGCCCAACUACAAACCUCUCCACUAA